AUGGAACGUUUUCUUCGACUGGGUGGCUUGGGUGGUCAACUUGGAGGGUUUGGCGGAACUCCAUCGGAUUCAAAUCAAGUGGACACCUCGGAAACCGUUUAUAUCUCGUCGUUGGCAUUGUUGAAGAUGUUAAAACACGGAAGAGCCGGAGUGCCGAUGGAGGUGAUGGGACUGAUGCUGGGCGAGUUUGUCGACGAGUACACCGUCAACGUGAUCGACGUCUUUGCGAUGCCCCAAAGUGGAACGGGAGUUUCCGUCGAAGCCGUCGAUCCAGUGUUUCAAGCGAAAAUGUUGGACAUGUUGAAGCAAACGGGAAGACCCGAAAUGGUUGUCGGAUGGUACCACUCACAUCCCGGUUUCGGUUGUUGGUUGUCUGGAGUCGACAUCAACACUCAGCAAUCGUUUGAGGCUUUGUCGGAUCGCGCUGUCGCCGUCGUCAUUGAUCCAAUUCAAUCCGUGAAAGGAAAAGUUGUAAUCGACGCUUUUCGAACGAUCAAUCCGCAGACAAUUGCGCUAAACCAAGAGCCCCGACAAACCACCUCGAAUCUUGGGCACUUGCAGAAACCAAGUAUUCAGGCUUUAAUACACGGUCUUAAUCGGCACUACUACUCGAUCCCGAUCGCCUACAAGACUCAUGAGAGAGAACAGCAGAUGCUCCUCAACCUGGAUAAACGAUCGUGGAUGGAUGCUUUGGGACUGCAAAAAUAUGAAGGACAUUGCAAACAAAAUGCGGAGACGAUGAAGAGGAUAUUGAAGCUGACGAAAGACUACAAGAAGUCUCUGGAAGACGAGGAGAAGAUGACCGAGCACGAGUUGGAGAUCAAAAACGUCGGAAAGCAAGACCCAAAGCGACAUUUGGGAGAAGAGGUGCAACAACUUUUGGCCAACAAUCUCUGCCAAAAUCUCGCCGCCGUUAUGGACACUGAAUCUUUUAAA